GGCGGCGGGCCGCCUCCUGGCCCUGCUGGCGGCCGCCUCGCUCCUCCGCCUCCGCGCCGCAGGUGAAAUGGAAAUUCCGGAUUCAAAUGACCACUUAGGUCAAGUGGAUGGACUUGAGAGACCAAUUCCAACACCCAAAGGUUACUUUCUGACCUUUUUGGAGCCGGUAAACAACAUCACUGUCGUGCAGGGGCAAACCGCGAUCCUCCACUGCAAGGUAGCAGGCAAUCCCCUCCCAAAUGUCCGGUGGCUGAAAAACGAUGCUCCACUGGUUCAGGAGCCGAGGCGGAUCAUCAUAAGAAAAACAGAUUACGGUUCACGUUUGCGAAUCCAGGACCUCGACACCACUGACACGGGGUACUACCAGUGCGUCGCUUCCAACGGGAUGAAGACCAUAACGGCGACGGGAGUCCUGUUUGUAAGGCUCGGUCCAACCAACAGCCCAAAUCACAACCUGCAAGAAGAUUAUCACGAAGAUGGGUUCUGUCAGCCGUACCGGGGAAUUGCGUGUGCACGAAUCAUUGGAAAUAGGACCAUUUAUGUGGACUCUCUCCAGAUGCAAGGGGAAAUUGAAAACCGAAUUACUGCUGCGUUUACCAUGAUUGGCACUUCCACGCAUCUGUCCGAUCAGUGCUCACAGUUUGCCAUACCAUCUUUCUGCCACUUUGUGUUUCCCCUGUGUGAUGAGCGCUCCCGAACCCCUAAGCCGCGGGAGCUGUGCAGGGAUGAGUGUGAAGUCCUGGAGAACGAUCUCUGCCGGCAGGAGUAUAACAUUGCCAGGUCAAAUCCCCUCAUUUUGAUGCAGCUAGAGUUGCCUAAGUGUGAGGAUCUCCCACGACCUGACACCCUGGAGGCUGCCAACUGCAUAAGGAUUGGGAUCCCCGUGGAGAGACUCAACCGAUACCACCAGUGCUACAACGGCUCUGGAGCGGAUUACCGAGGGACGGUCAGCGUCACCAAGUCUGGCCACGCUUGUCAGCUCUGGGACUCGCAGCAUCCCCACAGCCACGACCUGACCAGCGCGCAGUUUCCAGAGCUGGGCGGCGGGCACGCGUAUUGCCGAAAUCCUGGCGGCCAGAUGGACGGGCCGUGGUGUUUUACAAAGAAUAAAAACGUACGCAUGGAACUCUGUGACGUACCUUCUUGUAGCCCACGUGACAACAGCAAAAUGGGAAUCCUCUACAUCCUGGUUCCCAGCAUAGCUAUCCCUUUGGUUAUCGCCUGCCUUUUCUUCUUGGUCUGUAUGUGCAGGAACAAGCAAAAGGCAUCUGCUGCUACACCACAGCGUCGCCAGCUGAUGGCAUCUCCUAGCCAGGACAUGGAAAUGCCACUCAUCAAUCAGCACAAGCAGGCUAAACUUAAAGAAAUCAAUCUGUCUACAGUGCGGUUUAUGGAGGAACUAGGAGAAGAGAGGUUUGGCAAAGUCUACAAGGGGCAUCUUUUUGGUACAGCACCAGGUGAACAGACACAGGCUGUUGCUAUCAAGACACUUAAAGACAAAGCUGAACUGGCUCUUCGUGAAGAAUUCAAACAUGAGGCAAUGAUGAGAUCGCGAUUACAACACCCAAACAUUGUUUGUUUACUGGGAAUAGUGACAAAGGAGCAACCUAUUAGCAUGAUUUUCAGCUAUUGUUCCCACAGUGACCUCCACGAGUUCUUGGUGAUGAGAUCUCCCCAUUCGGAUGUUGGCAGCACAGAUGAUGACAAAACAGUCAAAUCCACUCUGGAACCAGCAGAUUUCUUCCACAUCGUGACUCAGAUAGCUGCAGGAAUGGAAUACCUUUCAAGCCACCACGUUGUCCACAAAGACUUAGCCACUAGGAAUAUAUUGGUGUUUGAUAAACUUAAUGUGAAAAUAUCUGAUUUAGGCCUUUUCAGGGAAGUUUACGCUGCUGACUACUAUAAACUGAUGGGAAAUUCCCUUCUUCCUAUCCGAUGGAUGUCCCCGGAGGCAAUUAUGUAUGGCAAGUUUUCUAUUGAUUCGGAUAUCUGGUCAUACGGAGUUGUAUUGUGGGAAGUUUUCAGCUAUGGCCUACAACCUUACUGUGGUUAUUCUAACCAGGAUGUCAUUGAGAUGAUCAGGAAUCGACAGGUUUUGCCAUGUCCUGACGAAUGUCCCACGUGGAUGUACACUUUGAUGUUGGAGUGUUGGAAUGAAUUUCCCAACAGAAGACCAAGAUUUAAAGAUAUACACAACAGACUAAGAACAUGGGGAAACCUUUCUAAUUACAACAGCUCAGCACAAACCUCUGGGGCGAGCAACACCACGCAAACAAGCUCUCUCAGCACAAGCCCCGUUAGUAACGUCAGCAAUGCUAGGUAUGUUGGACCAAAGCAGAAAACUCAAGCUUUCCCUCAACCGCAGUUCAUACAAAUGAAAGGGCAGAUGAGGCCGAUGGUCCCACCUCCUCAGCUCUACAUUCCAGUCAAUGGUUAUCAGCCAAUGCCCGCCUAUGGUGCUUACUUGCCAAAUUUUUACCCCGUCCAAAUUCCAAUGCAAAUGGCUCCUCAGCAGAUGCCUCCUCAGAUCAUUCCGAAACCGGGCUCUCACCACAGCGGGAGUGGAUCCACCAGCACGGGCUAUGUAACGACAGCGCCCUCCAACGCCUCGGUGGCCGACAGGGCAGCUCUGCUCUCGGAGGGCACGGACGACACGCACAAUGGGACGGAAGAUAUUGCCCAGAGUCCUGUCCAGGAGGAGGAGGAGGAGGAGGGUUCCGUGCCAGAAACAGAGUUACUGGGCGAUAAUGACACACUUCAGAUGGACGAAGCAGAAAUUCAAUCGGAAGCCUAAGGAGUUUGGCCUUUUCACUACAAGUUUCACAUCACUUCAGUGCAUGGAGAUUUUAGAUCCUUAGACUUAAGAUCAGUGAUUUUGAUCUGACUAGAUGAAACGAAAUCAAAAUAGUCUACACCCAUAUAAAGUGCAGCAAUAAUGAUGUACCAGGUUUAUUGUCCAUUGUCACCAUCAGAUUUUGCAAAUAUGAUGGUAUGGAAUUGCUGGGUUUUUUUUUGUUCUGUCCUACAGUUCUUGAGGGAAGCUGCUUUUCAAUAAUGUACUGUUGCUGUGCAACGUAUUGCAGAGUAGCAUUGCACAUCAUGUAUAUCAUGAUACAUGAGUGUAAUGUUAGUGAAUUACGCUUAAACCAAUAACACGAAAAGGAAUCAAACUACAAUUACAAAAUCGCUCUGAGCGUAAAGAAGUGCCCUGGAUGUGAUGGACAGUUUAGUAUAUAGUAUUUAUCUUUUUGAUAUAGUGGACAUGAGAUUGUUAUUUGCUUUCUGAGUCUGAAAAAAUAACGAGUUGAGAACACCAAUCCAUGUUUGUAUUACAAUAGUCAGAAAAAUAAGGAAACUGAACAUCAAAAUUGCUGUGCUGAGUCAGACUGUGGGUCUGUCUAGCCCGGCAGUCUUGUCUCCAAAGGCAACUGAUAGCGGCUGCCUAGGGAAAAGUACAAGGACAGGGCAAACGUAUAGUGGUAUUUCCCCAGAGUGUUUUCCCAGCCUCCAGCUAUUUGCAGCUUAGGGACUUCCCAAGCCAGAGGUGGAGUCUUUUUUUUUCUUUAAUAACCUUUGAUAGAAUUUUCAUCCAUGAAUCUAUCCAAAUGAUUUUGAACUCACAUAAAUGUAGAGCAUCCACAGCAUCCUGUGGGAUAACGUGAGAGAGGAUGUCUUUCUUUCAUCAUUCCCGAUGAAUGACUGUGACAGAAGCUUCCAAAUGAGCGUGGCUAACUGCAUUUUUGGAUGAAAGUACUGCUUUAUAUUUUUAGCAGCAAGCAGCCUUAAUACACUGUUAACCAAAAGAAGAGAUAUGGUAGGUGUGCACUAACUUAACAAUCCAACUUUAAUUGCAUGUUGGUUGUCAAGUAUAGAAAAGGGCUCCCGAUACAUGUUCCUGUAUUGUAAAAGUUUUGGUUUUGUGCAGGGUUAUAAACUCACUUGAUUUACUGCAAUUAGUGCUGGACUGCAUGUGAAGCCAUGCUUUUUUCCUGCCUCUUUAGUGAAAAUGGAUCUUUGAAAUUUAGAAGACCAAAAUAAGCAAUACUGUACAGAAUGCUCGUUUUGUGCUUCUAUUUGCAAGAUGAAUCAUGUACAGACUUUUAAAUGUAAUUUAUGUUUUAUUACAUUUUAUAUACUUUUUUUCAUUGAAAUACUUGGAUUUUUGAACAAAUGACUUUAUAAUUUAACCAUUUACAAUAUUCACAUGUGGUGAAAUCUUGUUGUAUGGCUGGUUCAUUUUGUGAAACACGCAGACAGGUCCAUACAUUUCAUGUCUCUUUCUGUAAUACAAACAAUACACACUCUCAUUGUAGCAUUGUUGUAGCCAACACACACUAUAGCUAUAAGUUGUAAGUCCAACACACGGAGUAUUCAAUAAAGUGAUGCAAAAGUAUGAUUAAGUAUGUUACCUUUAUAGUUGCUACAGCUGUUGUUUUUGUCAUGGUACUUGGUGGAAAUAGAAAUGGCCACCGUUCCUUAUGGUUGCAGGUUUCAUACCGAAGCUGCAACUUAUUUUUUAUUACAUUGGGAUUCACUUACAAGUCAUGCAUCAUUGUGACCUACAGCCUGUGUCGAAGGCAUGGCAGCAUUACUUGCUUCCAGCGCUUCACUUGGAUUUGGAAAUGCACUGGUAGGAAAAAACAUGAAAGCUUUAUUGCUUGUGUUAAUAUAAUGUAGCUUUGGGUGCUAUUAAUAAAUAAAGAAUAAAUAAUAAAUGUGAA